AUGUAUAUCUCUCUCCGCCAACUCGGCGCUCUUGCCCUCCCCGCCCUCCUCCUCCCCGCCGCCCUGGCCGCAGAUGUUGAUGCCCGGCAAGCCGCCCCAACUUCUUCCAUCAUGAGCGCAACCGGUCUCACGCCUGCCGAAUCAGCCGCCUCGGCCUCCUCAAGCAUGGCGCAGAUGUCCGCGCUCGAAUCUUACUCGUUAUCGCUAGCCUCCGCAUCUGCCGCCUCUGCGGCCUCUGCUGCUUCUGUGCAGGCAACUGCUUCUCCUACAAACGGCGGGGGCAAGGUGAUGGCAUCCUCGGGCGCGGAGAGAGUCGCUGCGGAGCUGGUGACGGAAGUUGUCGUGGGAGGGAGCUUAGUAUUGCUAGGUCUUUUAUAAGACGAACUUGCGCGAAGCAUACAUGAAUGGAGGGAAUGUAUCGAUAUUGUUAUCAGAAGGCGUAUGGGGGAUAGACGGAGUAUCAGGGGAGGGGCCAUCAGACGGUUAUGAUAUAUACGGGAUGUCUACGAAUCUACGGAGCUGUAGCAACGAGAUCAUGAUCACGACCCAAAAGGAAUGGAAAAAAGUCUUUAACAGGAAAUGUCAAAAAUCAC